GACGCCAGCACCCAGCGGGAGUCUAGUCAGCACGUGACCAGAGUGUGAGUGUUUCGUCGAUCGACAUCCGACGCUUUUCGUGUCUGCCUCAGGCCGCUGAUUGUGGCAAGCAUGAAACUCAUCGUGCCUGUAAUGGAAUAUAACGGAAUGAAAUACUGAUAUUUUCUUCAAUUUGAUGUCAACAAACGUAUAAUCGCAUCAGCACGAUCCAUAAGCAGCAGCUGUUGCACAUUCCGUGGACAAACUGUGGUUUGGUAAAUGAAGAAUUUCUGAGAAACAUGGCCACUACGUUGUGUGUUUUAGCUUAUAAAAAGUUUUCUGGCACAAAAGAAGUCGAUCAUGAACAGCUUGAGCUCUCAAUACAAAAGACAUGGCAGGAAGCAUCUGUAUCCUCACGGUCACUACAGCAGUGCCUGUCUUUGCUUCCCGAGGAAAUAUCCAAUCAUCUGGGCAUGGCACUCCACCAGGAGCUUCCAUUCAUGCCUCCUACUUUCAUUCCUGAACUGUUGUCGUCCCCGAACAAGAGGUUGCCGGCCAUGAACCAAAUUCAGAUAAUCUGUCAUUGCAUUAACCUGGCCAUGGGUGAAAAGGACUACAUCAGAGCUUCUGCUCUUGUCUAUGUUGUCGAUAGGGCAUGCUACAGAUUUGGCCUCUCAGAGCCGUUGUUACAGCUGGCAGACGAAAUUAUGAAUGUUAGUCCCGAAACUCCAGUCGCCCCCCAGGUGGUCCUCCGCAAAGCCCGGGUACUGAAAGAUAAUGGAGAUCUCAACGGAGCCAUGCGUAUACUGAACAAGAUCUUCAACAAAGAACACAGUUGGCAGUAUCAGAGCGAGGAACAAGUCGAAGAUACCAAAGCUGCGUGUUGGCAUGUCGAGGGACAGCUUUACCAUAAUGUAGGACUCUGGAAGCAAGCAGUCACACCGCUCGUGGAAGCAUUGCACCUCUUCAAAAAAGUUGGAGAUGAUAAGGGCAUUGCCUCUUGUCUGGAUGUUCUCUCGCGCUGUCUCAGCCGUGUGGGAUGUCAAGACUACCAGGAUAUCCGCAGGUUCCAUCAAGAUGUCUUCAGGUCCCAACACCCAUGCUAUGAAGCAUACGAACAAGCAACUGAAGCCGUCAAACAUGUCCAGCACAUCACAGCCGGGUUUUUCUCCGGCAAGCACCAGCUGGUGGCUGAUGAAUCACUCUUAAAGUAUGCAGUUCAACAAAACUUUCAAGAACGGCAGAGAUUUCUGGAGAAGAUCGUGCAUGAGAUGAGGUCCAUCUUGGCGGGAUACCAGGACCUGACCUUCUUGCACGGCGUGGAGUCUUUCUUCGGUUUCGUGCGGACUCUGUUCACAAUCUGCCUCGUUCUAGAGUGGUCUGCGAGACCGGAAGACUGGCAAGUGGCGAAAGACCUGGAAAAAAUCAGCAUGGAUCUCUACUUCUUCAUGUGUUGCGAGUUAAGAGGUGAGAGCGGAGAAUCAAUGGCCAAGCAGACGUCUGAAUUCAUUCUUCACAUCAACGUGGCUAUGGGUCUUCUGGGUCUUCCACACUUAAAAGAAAGCGGAACGAAUGAUGCAAGUCUUCUAGUGGACGGAGACACGAAAAAAAUCUGCGACCUAGACCUCCAAAGAGGAGAAAAAGAUAACAAAGUCCUCCAGGAUGACAUACAAAUCCAAACGACAAACAACCAAGAUCAUUCCAUAUCCAGUCAAGUGUCAAGAAGCGACAGUAACGUUUCUUUAAGUCCACCCAGUGGCAGCAGCGGUUCGACUCAGGAUGUUCAGAACUCUUGUAAAAAUGAAAAAACAUUUCCUGCAGCGAAAACGUGCGACCCCACUGCAGCAAAAGCAGCAACCUUUCCGGCUGCUGCAACCAGAAGCAAAAUCAAACCUCAUGAUCAAGGCGAGGUACACGUAAGAAUGAAUCAACAACCGUUUGUGGGGGCUCCUCUCCCCCGUGAGCACCUGCGGUCAGCUACAUACCCCGUCUUGACCCCGGAAGCGGAAGCGAGUCUCGCUGCGGAUGAUUCAGAAGACGAAGGCAUCGUUAUUGACGAGGAGUCACUUUCUCUGUCCUUUAACACCUUAUCAUCUGGUUCUUCUCAAGAAAGUGUUUGUCAAGGUUUAGUUGACCCUUCAGCUUUCUUUGACAUUUCUUUGUCGAGCAAGUGUUCCGUGGUCAAUGACGACAUCCAGAAAAACCAAGCAAGCCGAGAAGGAGAUUUACCAAAGCUGAUGGUCCCGGCAUCACAGGUGUCACAAGACCCAACUACAGAUGUCAAAAGAGAGGAGAUGCCAAAAACUGGUGCAGAAUUUUGUCGUACAACAUGUUCCACUGUUGAUCUGGAGGCUACAACGGAAGCGAGGUCACUGGCUUCACUGAGAGACCUUUCCGAACCUUUGGUCAGUGGUCUGCUGAAUGCCCUCCCCUAUAGUGUGGACAACACAGUGAGCUGGACAACCUGGAUACCACCUGCCGAUAGUAAAGUGCACAGAGCAGUACUCUUGUCCUUUAACCCCGAGACAGGUGAAUGGUCACCCCAAACCACGUUGACCCACGUAGGACAAAAACUCCAGACGGAAAGAAAAGGAGCUUUUCGGGAUGUUUUUCAUGUCAGCUUCCUCCAUCAAGAUGAACCGCUAGGAAGGUAUGUAGGCAAGCGUUAUCGGAAGCUCCGGCACAGAGCCAUUCAUACCUACAUGAUGGACGUAUGCUGUCAAAUGCUUGCUGGACAUCUAGUUCACCGUUUCAAUCAAGCCCUUACAAACUGCCCGGACGACUUUCUUCAGGUCCAGUUUCUUCCGGCGUAUCACCUGCAGCUAUGUGACAUGUCAGGAGCAGUCUUUGACUGGCUUAAUGUCGAACCCUUUAUGCAAGGGUCGUUUAUAAAACUGACCAACAACCAUCGCUACGCAGCAACCACCCCAGAAGCAGUGGUUGCCACGGCCUUCACUCAUUUCUCGUUCGUUGAGACGCGGGGCGCGCUGAUGGUCGUGGACCUGCAGGGCUGGGUGCCCGCGGACAAAGAAGGAAGGAUCUACCUCACAGACCCAGUCUUACACACCCGAUGUGGGAAUAGGUUCAGCGAUUGUGACCGCCAAGAGCAAGGCAUGAAAGAUUUCUGGGAGAAAGUUCACCCACGAUGCAAUCACCUUUGCAAGUUCCUCGGAAUAGACAGUCAAAGGUCAACGUUUUGAGAUGUGUGGCUUUCGAUGAGUUCUCUGCUGAUGAGCAAAUUUAUUUAUUUAGAAACUGUGAAAAGGUGUCGCUCUUGAAAACAAAGAGCAGCUAGCAUAGCAAUCUUCUUGUUUUCACCACAUUAAAAGUAAUCUCCCUUUCCCCAACAGCAAACGAGUUACAUAAUGCGAUGAGUUGCGUAAUGUAACAGCACAGAUGGAACUUAAAAUAUUAUUAUAGUGGCAAAAAUAAACAUUUAAGCUCCCUGGGGUUUAACCAUAACGAGGUGAACGGGUUUAAAGAUUGAGAUGAACUAAUUAGAGGGUCACAAAGUGCGUUCGCUUAACAGAACAUUCUUUGAUUAAUGAACUCUUCUGGUGGCGAAAAAGGGGGAUCAUCCUCCUAGGUAGAGCAUAUAUAUUAAAUUACUCGACUUCUACUAGACUGCUGGCAUUGGCAGAGAGAGAAAACUACCCGAAGCGCUCAUUAAGGCCCUCGGUCUUCAAGCUCCUUGACAGACACGUGACUUUUCUCUCGAGGGCAUGACCUUAUCAAUGAGCUAUUCUCGCUACCUGUCCACGGUCUGCAAAUGUCAGCUUCAUGUCUCCAAGCUGCUUCUUAUUGUAUCACUAACAAGUCUGACAUAUUGCACCUGAAGCUUUAUAUCAUCACGGUGAUCAGUGAUGAAUCUGUUUAUUUAGUAGCAGUGAUUAGUGUUCAGUCUGUUUAGUUAGUGGCAGUGAUUAGUGUUCAGUCUAGUUAGUAGCAGUGAUUAGUGUUCAGUCUGUUUAGUUAGUGGCAGUGAUUAGUGUUCAGUCUAGUUAGUAGCAGUGAUCAGUUCAAUCUGUUUAUUAGAAACGCAAACAGAAAAAUUCCCUGACAUAAAAUUUGUUUAUCUUG